UGGCCAUCACCACGAACACCAAAACAAAUACACUUGGCGAGUUUUAGUUUGGCUGACGGGGCGGCGUUUCCCCGGCCUUGAAGGAGGAGCGGCCGCGCGCCCUUCUGCAGCGGUGACGCCUCGCUGUGGUGGCGCUUGGAUGGGAGUUGGUUGUUGAAGCGAUGGAAAAGUGGCUGUCUAGUGUUGGCUAACUUUCUCGAUAUGAUAUCGGCCACGCUCAUCACCAUCGUCCUAGUCCACCUCCACUGUGUGACCUGUGAUCAUAACUUAAAAAAAUAUAUCCGCUAUCAUGAGGGGUUGUCGUACAACAGAGUGACGCUGCACAACAGCCACCAGAGAGCCAAGCGCGCUCUGUCUUCUGAAGAGAAGAUUGUUCGGCUAGAAUUCCACUCUCAUGGCAGGCAGUUUAACCUCCGGAUGACUAAGGAUGUGAGUACAUUUUCUCCGGAUGCUAUUGAAGAAGUGGAUGGAGUGGAAAUGCCACUGGACGCCUCCCACAUUUACAGUGGGGACAUUUUUGGUGAGGAGGGUUCCCUGGUUCAUGGCGGUGUGAUUGACGGGCGCUUUAUAGGCUUCAUUAAAACUCACCAUGGAACUUUCCACGUGGAACGAGCUGAGAUGUACUUCAAGGACAAAAAAGUGCCCUUCCACUCCAUCAUUUAUCAUGAGGACAACGUUAAUCUUCCCCAUAAAUAUGAAGCACAUGGUGGCUGUGCUAAUUCCUUGGAUUUUGAGAGGAUGAAGAGGUACCAAGACUCUCAAGUUCACAAGCCACUCCAUGGACUGAAGAGAGUGUUUAAAUAUGCAAACCUUCGAGGUCCUGUCCAUUCGAGGAAGAAAAGGGACGCUGAUAAAGUGGUCUGCGAACUCCUAAUUCAGACCGACCACCUCUUCUUCAAAAAAUUUGGCUCACGAGAGGCCGUCAAGGUGGAGAUCAGCAACUAUCUUCGUGCAGUCAAUGAGAUUUACAGACCGAUAGACUUCAAUGGGAUUCAGAAUAUCGGCUUUGUUGCUAAACGAACCAAGAUCAAUACAACUGAACGAGGGAAUGAUAGGUCCAAUCCUUUUCGAUUUGCAAACAUUGGAAUUGAGAAGUUUUUAGACCUCAAUGCUGAUCAGAACCAUGAUGAGUACUGCCUGGCUUACGUCUUCACAGACAGGGACUUUGACGACGGUGUCCUCGGCCUGGCCUACGUGGGAUCUCCCACAGCGGGCAUCUGCACCAAGAGCGCUCUCCAGGCUAAUCGGAGGAAACAGUCUCUUAACACUGGCGUCAUUACUAUUCAGAAUUACAAUACCUACAUUCCGGACAAAGUCAAGUUUGUCACCUUUGCUCAUGAGAUCGGCCACAACUUUGGUUCCAAACACGAUGUUACGCCGGCGUGCACACCUGGACAAUCAAAGGUUCCGUCAGAGAAGGCAAAUGGGAACUUUAUCAUGUUUCCAAAGGCCACAUCUGGAGAAAAACCCAACAAUGACAAGUUUUCACCCUGCAGCAUUGAAAUGAUGAGCAAGGUGUUAAAGAGCAAGAAGGACCUCUGUUUUGUUGAGUCAGGGCUCCCAAUUUGUGGCAACAAAAUAGUGGAAGAGGGGGAAGUGUGUGACUGCGGCGACGAAGAGGAAUGUGACGAUCCUUGCUGCUACAACUCGGAUGAAGACAGGGGCAAGCGGUGCCAACUCCAGCCCGGGAAAAUUUGCAGCCCGAGCCAAGGCCCAUGUUGCACAGAGGAGUGCACUUAUAAGGAAGACAAUAUCCUGUGCAGGGAGGAAUCCGAGUGUGCCAAAGAUGGCUUUUGUAACGGACAAAGUGCUACGUGUCCGCCAUCACAAUGGAAGAAAGACCUGACUGUUUGCAAUUCCGACACCCAAGUCUGCAUCAGUGGGAUCUGCUCUGGAUCCAUUUGCCAGCGACAUGGGCUGGAAGCUUGCUACAUUCCCAACACAGGCGGUUAUGUAGACAUUGAGGUGCUGUGCUACGUCCAGUGCGAGGAGAAAUCAAACCCUGACUCAUGCGCCUACUCAGGCUCAGACCAAUUGGCUAAACACUUCAAGCACCGAAAUAUUAGCCUGCAGCCUGGAGCUCCCUGCGACGACUUCACAGGGUACUGUGAUGUUUUUGCAAAGUGUCGUGCAGUGGACGCUGACGGCCCACUUUUGAUACUAACAAAUGCCCUUUUUAAUCCAGAACUAUAUGAAUCACUUCUGGAAUGGGCGAUGGAUUUCUGGUGGGCCACGUUGUUGAUAGCCGGUGGUUUUGUUUCGCUGAUGGCACUUUUAAUCAAAUUCUUCAGUGUGCACACCCCCAGCAGUAACCCCAGCCUCCCGCCACCAAAGCAUCUGCCAGAUCUAAAAAGACAUCCGGGCCACAAGCACAAGGAUCCUGAAGAGUGUGAAGAGGGAUCUGAGGAGAAUGAACAGCAAUCUACUGAGAGGCAAAAGAAAUCUGCUUCGAAGGAAACGCCACCUGCGAAGAAGAAACAGCAAGCUGCUGAGAAGCCACAAAAAUCUUCUCGGCGGCAGCAGGAACCGUCACAGAAGCAACAGAAAUCAUCUCGCCGGCAGCAGGAAUCUUCUCAGAAGCAAAAGCCAUCUACACGGGAAGAGCCGCAAUCGCCACGCGGGAAAAAGAAGCAGAAAGAGAAAAAAUCAAGGAGACGGUGAGAUUGUCAAUGAAGCUGCUUCUUAACCCUGAGACCUCAACUGCGACUACGACAUUAAAUGUAUCAGAGGAGGCAAAUGAAUACUUUAGACAAAAGGAAUUAUGUUCAUAUCACAAACUGCCUUUUACUACAGUGCUACCUUAGAACCUCACCACUGUUCUGAAGAAUAGUGCGAUUCUGGGCUUGAAAUUUGUUA